AUGGAAGCUCUUCCUGAGCUUCGAGUGCUCGUCUUGAAGUCUAACAAGUUUGAUGGUAGCAUGUCGUUGGCUUCACGAAGCAACCUUCCAUUUCCUAAGUUGCAAGUUUUAGAUAUAUCAGAGAACGAAUUUGUGGGGUCUUUACCACAAAAAUAUUUCAAGAAUUUCAGAGCAACUAUGGAUGUGAAGGAAAAUCAAACGGAUGGUGAUUUUGACUAUUUUCCAUAUUUCUUGGAGAUGACAAUCACCUUGAAAGGUUUGGAUCAGUUAUUGAAGAGAUUGUUGGAAGACUUUACAAUCAUUGACUUAUCCUCCAAUAAAUUCUCUGGUACUAUUCCACAUUCCAUAGGUAAUAUGAAUUCUUUGAGAUACUUGAAUUUGUCCCACAAUAAUCUCAUGGGACACAUACCAGCAUCUCUUGGAAAUAUAAGUGUGCUUGAAUCAUUGGACUUGUCAUCGAACAAAUUGGAGGGAGGAAUUCCAAGUGAACUGACAAGCUUGACAUUUCUUGCGAAAUUAAACCUUUCAAUGAAUGAUCUGGUGGGGCAAAUACCACAAUCUAAUCAGUUUUCCACAUUUGAGAAUGAUUCAUACGUGGGAAACUUGAGAUUGUGUGGAGUUCCGUUGACGAGAAAAUGCAACGAGGAGAAUGAGCAGCGGAAGCAGCCAGAAGAAGAAGAAGAAGAUGAUGAUUAUGGAUUUAUAGAUGGAUUUGGAUGGAGAAGUGUGGUGAUGGGAUAUGGAAGUGGAUUCAUAGUUGGAAUCGGAAUUGGUUACAUUAUCAUUAGAAAAGCAAGGCCAAGAUGGUUAGUGGAAUUCUUUUUUGGUGUUGGAUAUAAUAAGAAGAAGAAGAAGAGACGCAACACAUCAACACCAACACAGAGGAGAAGUUGAUACAACAUGAAAAAUUUAAAAGCUUGUUCGAGUUAUUUUGAAUCUUUGUAUCACACUUUUUCUUCAGUUUGUUGUAAGUGCUUGUGCUUCAAUUGUUUCUCUCUUUCUUUUUUAUCUUUUUGUAUUUAUUAUUAAAUUUGAAGUGGAUUAAUAUAAAUAAUAAUAU